AUGGAAGCACACUCCCCCCACAACGAUGACGAUCCGCCGCCGUUGCCAGCAAGAUCUCCUGCCGUUGUCGCACCCACGAUCUCUCCUCCCACCACAACCGAGUCGCCCGCGGCUCCAGGCAUCAAGCUUGAGCGGAGGUCCUCCGCCGGGAACCUGUUCUCCAGCUUCCGAUCAAACACAAUGAAACAAAACACAAUCCGGUCUGUGACGCCGGAGCCGACCGACGACGAGUCGAGCAUACGAGAUGGGUCAGUAGGAGCUGCGCGGGGCGGCCGCAGCGGCGCUCGGCCGUUCGAAUCUGCGUCACCUCAGAGCUCGCCGAGAUCAAUACCGGGCGGCGGCAGUCUCUCUGCAGGAGGGAGCAGCAGGAGGCAAGGCAUAGUGUUCAACGACCCUGUUGCCGGCGCCGGAUCCUACGACAGCACUUCGUCGAGCCCUCCGCCCCGUCAGACGCAAGCAUCGACUCGGCCACGAACACACACAAUGGACGGCGCCACUGUUUUCCGGCAGCAGCUUGCCCCGGCCGUGAGCGCCGAUGCACGCCAUAGGAUGGGGUCGUUCUCGUCGGGCGGGUCGCUGCCAGUCGAAGAGAUGCGGACCGUGUCACUACAUUCACCCCCGCCCGAGAUCGCGUACGGCUACUCUGCCUCGACCAUGAGGGCAUCUGACUUGCAAGGCCGCUCGGCUUCGAAGGAGAAGAAGUACAGCACGCGAAGAUUGACGAAACGCCCAGAGAUAUCACGGCCUACUUCGCCGAUAAUCAAUGGACCUCCGUCCGUCGACUCGCUGCCAGUCCCUGUGCCCACGCAAGAUGCGCCGAAGAUGCUCCUGGCAAUGAAGACUUUGUGCGGACGCAUGAGGGGUGAGAUCGAAUACCAGACAGAUUCGCAAGGGCCAUGGUACCCCGGUGUCGCAUAUAUCGACGAGGAGCGGGGAAGUCUGAUGUUUGAGUCUGGCGAAAACGGGCCUUUCCAUAUCGCGAUUGUCCCAGACCUUCGAGGCUGCCGAGUCAUGCCAAUCAUGAGGUCAGAAGAUGAAGGUGUGAUUCUUGAGAUAUCAAGCACAGAGCUCGCCUUGGAGAUUGUGUUACGUCCCUUUGUGACAAACGAACUAGAUCUGUGGCUCGCCGCUUUGCUUGGCUGGCAGCAACUCCGCCCUGGAAAUGCCAGAGGUGCCGGUGGUGGUAAAAAGUCAAAUAUGCCAGUCGUUGAGUCGCAUGACCCUUGGAAGAGAGGAUCUGCAGCGAAAUCAAAGGAUGGCUCCAUCAUCAAGAUGGAAAAGAUGAUGUUCUGGGACAAAGGUCUCGCUGCAACGCCACGAGCCAUCAUGAAGAGGGCAUCGACUCGAGAUCUCCGUUCUCCUCAGACAUCCUGGAGGAGAGUCUCCUGCAUGCUCCAAGGAAAUGGAGAGCUCCGACUCAUGACGAUCAACGACGUUUCUGUUCUCUGCGUCAUAGGGCUUUCUCAGUUGUCGCGCUGCGCCAUUCAGCAGCUCGACAGAUCUGUACUGGAAGAGCAAUACUGCAUUGCCAUCUUCCCCACAUACGCAUCGACCGCAACCCAGAUCUCCGUCUUUCGUCCUGUAUAUAUAGCCCUUGACACCAGGGUUGCAUUUGAGGUCUGGUUUGUGCUCCUGAGAGCUUUCACCAUUCCCGAGCUCUACGGCAUCGAUCCUGCCAAGGACGAACCGCUCCACGAGGUCCUCGACAUCGAUACGGAUGCGCCCGCUGAAAUGUUCCGGAUAGAAAAGAGUCUGAAUUUGAGGCUCACAGAAGCCAAAAUGAGGAGCCAGACGAUGGACGGGGCCAACUCUGGAGAGCGCCACUUCAAGGACAACGACCCUUCUCUCGUCGGCCACUACCUUGCAGAAGUUCUGCUCGACGGCGAGGUACGCGCUAGAACUACAGUCAAAGCCGAUACAAAGAACCCUUUCUGGCGAGAGGACUACGAUUUCGUCGACUUACCUUCCACCCUACCAUACCUCUCAGUGGUAGUCAAACGGGUCGAUGGCAACCUCGACACCCUAGGCCAGUCGCUCCGUUCGUCAUCGAACCUUCCGAGAUACGGAGUGAAGGAGCUCCCAUAUGGCUCGGUAGACGUAGCGCUUUCUCAAAUGGAGAAUGGCAAAGACCACGAGCAAUGGCAUCAGAUCUAUGACGAGAGGCAGCGCGCCGUCGGCUCUCUGCUGCUGCGGAUACAUCAAGAGGAACUCGUCGUCCUGCUCUCUAAAGACUAUCAACCUAUAGCAGACCUUCUGCAUCAUUCCGGCUCUCAGCUGACUGCACAGAUCGCUGCCUUCCUCCCUUCAAAUACGCGGCGAGUUGCCGAAGUCUUCCUCAACAUCUAUCAGGCUUCCGGAAAGGCCAGUGAAUGGAUCAUGGCCCUCGUGGAGGAAGAGAUUGAUGGUAUUGGCAACCAGCAGAGCCUGAAACUGCGAUUCUCAAAACGCCUGAAAUCUAGUGAAUCCAUUGACUCUUCAACCGAGCGCGAGACAAUCGUGCGCGACAUGGGCAAGUCAUUGGCAGGAGAGGCAAACUUGCUCUUCCGAGGCAACUCCUUACUCACACAAGCCCUCGAAUGCCACAUGCGACGCCUCGGCAAGGAAUAUUUAGAGCAAGUUCUGGCAGCCAAGAUAUUCGAGAUCAACCAGAUCAAUCCCGACUGCGAGCUAGACCCCGCCAAGCUGUCAGCUAUCGAGGAUCUACCCAAGCACCUCGAGCUGUUGAUGCAGUUCACGGAGGAGAUCUGGGACUGCAUCAUCAAGUCGGCCGCGCGCCUACCGCCCGAGCUCCGCCAGAUCCUCAAGUACGUCCGCGCCGUCGCCGAGGACCGGUACGGCGACUUCCUUCGCACCGUCGCCUACACCAGCGUCUCGGGCUUCCUCUUCCUGCGCUUCAUCUGCCCAGCCAUUUUGAAUCCCAAGCUCUUCGGCCUGCUGCGUGACCACCCACGCCCGCGGGCCCAGCGCACUCUAACCCUCAUCGCUAAAACCCUGCAGGCGCUGGCGAACCUCUCGGCCAUCGGCAAGAAGGAGGCUUGGAUGGAGCCCAUGAAUCGCUUCAUCAACGCCCAGCGCAAGUCGGUCCGCGACUUCAUCGACGCCGUCUGCGCCAUCCCUGCUGAGCGAGCUACCCCGGCCCACGUGCCGGCCUACUCGGCGCCCAACACGGUGCUCAAGCGCCUCGACCCCAUCGCCGGCGAAGGUUUCCCCAGCCUGCCGUACCUCGUCGACUACCCGCGCAAUUACGCCGCCCUUGUGCGCAUGUGGGUCGAGUCGCACCCGCCCGGCUCUACCGAGACGCACCUCUACGAGGGUCCGCUGCUCGAGUUUCACGGCCUCUGUGCCGACCUGCACCACCGUACCGAGCAUUGCGCCGAGCAUCUGCAGGAAAGCCGCGCUGCGGCGGCCGCGUCCGCCGAGGACGGCGCGUCCCAGAUGAGCAGCGAGCUCGCGGAGCUGCUCGACUACGCCUCGCUGUCCGACACGAUGACCUCGACGGCUGCGUGGACGGGUGCCAGCAACGCCGGCGUCGGCGCCGACUUUGACGGCAUGAUGCGCCCUCCCGGCUCGUCGGGCAGCGAAUUCAGCACCGAGGGCCUGCAGCACCGCACCGGCGUGAGGGGCACCAGCGUGUACCCCGGCGCCGGGCCGUCCUCGCAGCGGCAGGUCAGCGGGUCGUCGGACGUGGGCGGGACGAUGCGCAGCCUGCGCAACGGCAAGCACGCGCGCAAGUUCCUGAGCGGGUUCAUCACGCGCAAGGGGCGGGACAGGAGUCCCGAAGGCUCCAGCCCGGCGGGAGGGCGGUUCGCGCCCGGCAAUAUCAACAACAACGGCAAGGAUAAGGAGAAGGCGCCUGGGUUUGGAUUUGGCGAGUCGUGGGGCAGUGGGAGCAUGAGCGGGAGCGAUGCCACGUCGAGGUUUAGCUGA